UGGAACAGCAAAAGUGGUGAAGCUCGGCUUUGUUGGGGUAUAGAUGUAGGCCUGGCUACAAAGCAGGCAUAGCUCUUUGCCAUGUGGACUUUUGGUCUCUAGUGAAGAAUGAGACUGUGAUGCUGGUUUUCCCUUAGCUGGGGUACUUCCAAGCAGUGGAUGGGCCCUUGGUUGAAAAAAUUAGGGUUUUGUGAUAGUUAUUCUCCUGUCAAAUUUGACUGAAAUGGAGUGGCAUUGCCAUAUUGUCUGUCUGGGUUUGGUGAUGCUUAUAAGUAGUAGCUGUGGGACAUCCUGAAGUUGUUACAUCUGUGCUGAGCAGGAUCCUAAACAGCAGUAGAGACAUCCUGAGCCUUCAGAGAGGUAGCUUUGAAGAUGACAGCAGUUAGUUUGAAGAAUAUGGGGCAUAUUCUGAUUUUGUACUCUGAAUGCUAAAAACUGCAUUGAAGUCGUAUUUAUGUUUAUGGGUCGAACUCUUCAGCUUUAUUGUCUUGGCAGUUACAUGGAAUGAUCAGCCAAUUCCAUUCUGAAUGAAAAGAGGGGGAGACAAUGUUCAAACAGUCUUCUUUCUUUUGUCUUCUUAUGGCAUUUAAGUUACCUCUUAGCCUUCUUUACAAGCAUUGCCAAAGUAAAUUCUGAUGCCUCUUAGCCAUCUCAUUUUUGGAGACCAGCCAUACACAAAUGGUUACACUUCUAUCUCCCUGUACACAUAUAAUUAAAUCUGGCCCUGCAAUGAGAAAGCUCCUGAGCAGGAGAAGAGGCUGAUUAAUACGGAUUAUUAGAAAUUGCUGACUGAAAGGCUGCAACUGUGAUUGCCAUAGCAGGGAGAAGGGAGCAAGGUCUCAGUGCCUGUAAUGGUGUCUGCUAGGUCUUGUCUUCAGUUUACUCCAAGAAAGAUGUUUUCUGUGCACUAUCCUGCAUCCCAAAAUCAACUUCUAUACCCUGUCACCCAUCUGUGCUUCUUCAAGGGGAUGUUACUUCUGCCAUCCCUGACAGAAAUCAGCCUUGACUCUUUAUCAUAGCAGUUUAUUCCUUGAAGAUGAGCUGGCAGGUUUUCCUGAACUCCUCCCCAAAACUGUGUGUUUGACUGAGAAGCUGACCUGGCAGGUAUAAUUUAGCUUUGUUCUCUCUUUCUUGUUAACAGGCGACGGCGAUGUCGGUGGAUUGCCUGGGACAGCGUGCAGUACUCUCAGGCCGCCGUUUCCUCUACAUAGUCAACCUGGAUGCACCAAAUGAGGGUCAUCGAAAGAUCUCCCGGCAGAGCAAGUGGGACAUUGGGGCAGUGCAGUGGAACCCACACGACAGCUACGCGUACUACUUUGCAGCUUCGAGCAAUCAGCGAGUUGACCUGUAUAAAUGGAAGGAAGGUAAUGGUGAAGUUUGCACAUCACUGCAAGGACACACGCGUGUGAUCAGUGACUUGGACUGGGCAGUGUUUGAGCCAGACCUGCUGGUCACCAGUUCUGUGGACACAUACAUCUACAUCUGGGACAUCAAAGACACUAGGAAGCCUACAGUCUCCCUCUCUGCAGUUGCUGGAGCUUCCCAGGUGAAAUGGAACAAGAAAAAUGCCAACUGUUUAGCAACAAGCCAUGACGGGGAUGUCCGAAUAUGGGACAAAAGGAAACCCAGCACUGCAGUAGAGUACUUGGCAGCUCAUCUCUCUAAAAUCCACGGUCUGGAUUGGCAUCCUGACAAUGAGUAUACACUGGCCACUUCCAGCCAGGACAACUCUGUCAGGUUCUGGGAUUACCGUCAGCCUCGGAAAUACCUCAAUAUCCUUCCCUGCCAGGUUCCCGUCUGGAAAGCAAGAUACACACCUUUCAGCAAUGGACUGGUGACAGUGAUGGUCCCCCAACUCCGUCGGGAGAACAGUCUCCUUCUCUGGAAUGUCUUUGACUUGAACACGCCUGUUCACACUUUCGUGGGACAUGAUGAUGUGGUGCUGGAGUUUCAGUGGAGAAAGCAGAAAGAAGGUUCUAAAGACUACCAGCUGGUUACGUGGUCCCGUGAUCAGACCCUGCGGAUGUGGCGGAUUGACUCUCAGCUGCAGAGGCUUUGUGCUAAUGAUAUCCUGGAUGGAGUUGAGGACCUCAUCGAUGGGAUUUCUCAUCUGCCAGAGCCAGACAAGACCCUUCAUCCCCAGGAUUCAGAGCCCCAGCAUAAUUCUGGACAUGGGGAUGAGGAAGCCUUAAAAGAAGAUUUCCUGAAUGACCCCCUGGUGGGAAAGAAAACAGACCAACUGGGGCUGCCUCAAACACUGCAGCAGGAGUUUUCACUGAUCAACGUGCAGAUCCGAAAUGUCAAUGUCGAGAUGGAUGCGGUGAGCCGUAGCUGUACGGUGUCAGUGCACUGCGGCAACCACAGAGUCAGGAUGCUGGUGAUGUUCCCUGUCCAGUACCCCAAUAAUGCUGCACCGUCCUUCCAGUUCAUCAACCCAACCUCAAUCACUGCCUCCAUGAAAGCAAAGCUGCUGAAGAUAUUGAAAGACACUUCUCUGCAGAAAGUGAAGCGGAACCAGAGCUGCCUGGAGCCCUGCCUGCGUCAGCUGGUCUCCUGGCUGGAGUCUGUUGUGAACCAAGAGGACAGCACGUCCAGCAAUCCCUACGCUUUGUCAAACUCCGUAACACCCCCCUUGCCCACGUUCGCCCGGGUCUCCAAUGCCUAUGGCUCCUACCAGGACUCUAACAUCCCUUUUCCACGGACCUCUGGAGCCAGGUUCUGUGGUGCAGGGUACCUGGUAUAUUUCACAAGACCCAUGACCAUGCACCGUGCAGUGUCCCCGACGGAGCCCACACCCAGGUCCCUGUCAGCUUUAUCAGCAUACCACAGUGGCCUCAUUACUCCAAUGAAGAUCCGCACGGAGACUCCAGGCAAUCUGCGUUUGUACAGUGGGAGUCCGACACGCAGCGAGAAGGAGCAGGUCUCCAUUAGCUCCUUUUACUACAAAGAGAGGAUGUCUCCUCGCUCUGCCCGGCGACGUUGGUCCAUACAAGCAAUUAACGACUUCCCGAAAUCAAGGAGGUGGAAAAGCAAACGAGAAGGGACAGAUGCCAACAACCGACCCAUCAAAGCUGCUGGGAAAGUUAUUAUCCAAGAUAUUUCCUGCUUGCUGCCUGUCCACAAGCUGCUGGGAGAGCUCUACAUACUGAAUGUGAAUAAUAUCCAGGAAACUUGCCAGAAGAAUGCUGCCUCAGCCUUGGCUGUGGGACGGAGGGAUCUUGUACAGGUUUGGUCACUGGCCAUGGUAGCCACCGAUCUCUGCCUUGGACCAAAGUCUGACCCAGAUUUGGAGAUACCUUGGGCACAACAUCCAUUUGGACGUCAAUUACUGGAGUCCUUGCUGGCUCAUUACUCGCAGCUCCAUGAUGUGCAGACCCUGGCUAUGCUGUGCAGUGUGUUUGAAGCCCAAUCCAGGCUACAGGGGUGCCCAAACUCCUAUGGCCCCUUUCCUCAGCGUGCCUCCAACUUGGCCUCCCACAGCCGAUACCCCAGCUUUACUUCCUCUGGCUCCUGUUCCAGCAUGUCAGAUCCUGGACUUGGCACCGGAGGCUGGAGCAUAGCGAACAAAGAUGCAGAGCAGGCCUCCACUCCCUGGUGUGAGUCUUCUCCAGAUGACUUCCGCUACGGAAACCUAAUGUAUCCCGAUCAUCGGGAGCGUGAGAAAGACCAGCAUGAGAAAAACAAAAGGCUCCUGGAUCCUGCCAACACUCAGCAAUUUGAUGAUUUUAAGAAGUGCUAUGGGGAAAUCCUUUAUCGCUGGGGCCUGCGUGAGAAGCGGGCUGAGGUUCUGAAGUUUGUCUCUUGUCCUCCUGAUCCCCACAAAGGCAUUGAGUUCGGUGUGUACUGCAGCCACUGCCGCAGCGAGGUGCGUGGUACCCAGUGUGCCAUCUGCAAGGGCUUCACCUUCCAGUGUGCCAUCUGCCAUGUGGCAGUGCGGGGCUCCUCUAAUUUCUGCCUGACUUGCGGACAUGGAGGCCACACCAGCCAUAUGAUGGAGUGGUUUCGCACCCAGGAGGUGUGUCCCACGGGCUGUGGAUGCCACUGCCUGCUCGAGAGCACCUUCUGAGCAGUGCUGACAGCAGGGCGCCUGCAAACUGGAUUUAAUAUUUAAUUCCCAAGCCAUGUUGAAUCAGUGCUGCUCCACAGUGUCUGGAGGAGACGCCACAGGGAGCUGAAGCAGAAUGUCCCGGCGGUGCACUGCAGUGAUGUUUACAAGUGCUUCCAGUAUUCCUACACUUCCCAGGUUACUUUCAGACUGAUUUGACCAAACUCCCUGUGUCCAUUGCUGGCAAUGGAUGCCAGACUGGAAAAAUUGUUCUCUCCUGCAGAAGGGUGUGUGAAUAUUGGCUACUCUCCAUUGGGAUGAGGUGGUUUUAAAAAGCUCCUUUGGAAAGGGCUCACCUGGUAGAGUUGGAUUUCCAGCUACAUAGUGUCUUUCCAGAUGCCUCCUGACAGGGGCUCAAAGUGAGAAAAGUAGUUCUUUGCACAGUUAAAGCAGAACUAAUUCACAAGCAACAGUGAGCUCUAAAAGCGACCUGUAAACUGUGCUCGAAGAGUAAAUACUCCAUGGGACUGCGCUCAGAGUUACUUUUGGAAGCAACAGGGUCCUGAUUUGAAUGGCUGUUUAGAUUUCCCCAUAAGAGAAUGAAACUGCAUUUUUUCCAGGAUUAUUUCCUGCACCGCUUCCUACUCCCUGGUCCGUACCCAUGGCUGGUGUGCAAAGCCCAGCCCUGCGCCCAGGCUCCCUGGGACGAGUUCCUUUCUUCCUGCAGGCCCAGUACCAUUACUCUGAAGGUGUCUCCGUCUCCUGCUCUGACUGGGUGAUACAAUGCACUUUAACUUGACUGUCCUUGCCUUGUCAGCGUGUCCCGGUGACUGGGAAGGGCAUCUUUGGGAUCCACACGGUGUUUCCAUGGACAGUGGCACCUGAGGGCGUUUCAAAAAGCCUUUGCUUCCUUACUGGGAUUGCCUGUUUUCUCCAGGCUCUGUGGGGGGAAAUCAUUUAAUAAUUUGAGAUUUGCUGCCGAUGUGCUUGAGAGAUGAGGCUCUCGAGCCUGAGAGGCAGCAAUUUCUAGGGGAAAAAGGGGUUUGGAAGGGUGGUGGGAUUCACGGAGGCAAAAGGUUUGUGCCUUUCCUCCUUGUGGAGCUUUCAGUUGGAGAAUGUGAGCGCUGGAUCCCUCCGGGGCUGUGCCACUGCCUGGGGGGGUGCACACCCUGAGCACACAGCCUCUGUCUCUCCUGAGCAGCGUCAGCCUGAGCUUUGGCUUUGGGCAAACGUGUGGUCAGGGACGAGCCGGCUGGAGUCACCCCCUGCCCACGCAGCGCUGAUCCUGUCCCCCCACGCUUGCCUGCUGAGCAGGGCCGCCUGCCCUGCCCGCUCCCAGCCUUUGUGCUCACUCCGGAUCUGGGCUCCUGCUGUGGAAUAAACAGAUGGUGUAUCUUAAACAUUAAAACAUUAAAAUUAUUUUUUUAAGUGCUGUUCUGAUC